GUUUGAUCAAUUAUCGCAACUCCCAAAUGCAAGCCGCUCUUCCUGACUAUGGGUACCUAUAAUUGGCAAAGGCCUUCCUGGACGCUCACGCGUGCAAGCACGUGAUAUGGUUCAUGGAGUAUCGGACUCGAGCAGGCCCUUAACGAUCUUCGAUGUUCUUGCACGUCGGUACGGAAGAAUCUCUAUUGGUGGAUUGCGGAAGCUUCCAAGUAGCAAGUCAAGAUCUACUUCUGCACCGAGUGCCAGGAACAAGAAGAUGAGCGAUGACCUCUCACGUUUCCCCGCAUCAUCGCUUAGUUACCUUUACGUACUAUGCGAGGACAAUAUCGGACAGAUUCGGUUUAUUGUUGUUCCGCAAAGGUAACAUGUAUUAUGUGUCGACCGAAUAAUCUACAAAGAAGCCGUGACGGAACGAUAUAGAUGAGGUAAAGAGUCUGCCACUGCUACAAAGACAUUGAACAGCACUUUGUCUCAUUCACCAUGCUUGGCACCACAGCUGUUGUUUCAAUUGCUCUGGCAUCAUUACCAGCACUCACAGCCGCGGCAGUAUGUGUAGUCCCUACAGGCUUGGAUGACUCGGCGCCAGCAAUCAUCGAUGCCUUUCGAAAAUGCGGCCACAACAGUAAUCAGAGCAGAGGUAAGGUCGUUUUCCAGAACACAACCUAUACAGUUGGUAGUGUCAUGAACAUAACCGGUCUCUCAAAUGUGGAUGUCGAUCUGCAAGGAACGCUGGCAUGGGACAACUCAAAUCUCUCCUACUGGUUGAGCAACUCCCUUCCAGUCGGCUACCAGAACCAAUCCUCAGCUUGGCUGUUUGGCGGAAGUGGAAUCCAUUGGACAGGCCAUGGUUACGGCACAUUCAAUGGAAAUGGUCAAGCAUGGUACGACUUUGUCAAAGGCGCCAGCAACUAUCCUAGACGACCACAUCAGAUUACGUUUACCGGAGUCAAAGAUGCAGUCUUCGAGGGGCUAAGGUUCAUAAACAGUCAGAUGUGGACCAUGACGGUCAUUCACUCCGAGAAUGUGCUCCUUCAGGACAUAUAUGUCAACACAACUUCAAUCAAUAAGUCUGGCACAUCGAACACCGACGGCGCAGAUACAAUAUACGCAAACAACAUCACAUUCAACCGUUGGGUGGUCUACAAUGGCGAUGACUGUAUCUCACUCAAAGCCAACAGCACCAACAUCCUAAUCUCAAACAGCAUCUGCUACAGGGGCCAAGGAAUUGCGUUCGGGUCCAUUGGACAAUACAAAAAUACCUUCGAGACCAUCCAGAACGUCGUCAUCCGCAACCUAACGGCUUCAGGCACCAAGUUUGGCACGUAUUUUAAGACGUGGACCGGUAUCGCACAGGGGUAUCCACCAAACGGCGGCGGUGGCGGUAUUGGAUACAUGCAGAACAUCACUCUCGAAGACUUCAAGCUCGUCAACACUGCGAAUACACUUCUGGUCACGCAGUGCACAAAUUAUCAAGGUGCUACAGGCGAAUGCGAUACCAGCAAGUUCAACAUCCAUGAUAUCGCGCUCAAAAAUUGGUCUGGCACGACUAGGAGCGGUGCUGCUGUAUCUUUGGACUGUAGCAAGGCGAGUCCUUGUUAUGGGUUCGAUGUGAAGAACUUUGGUGUCAUUGUCUCGAGUAAUUCUAGCGCACCGACGAGUUAUUGUUGUGACGCGGUGGAGAAUGGGACAACGACGGGAUUUACGUGUAACGCACCGAUAUGGGCGACGAAUAACGGUGCCUAAGCUUUCAAGGUAAUAGAACAGUGGAGCGAUGUGGCGACAUCAGGUCAAGUGAAGAGUGGAGACGCAUGACAUAUAUGAUGAAUUUUGAGACCUCGAUUGUGAUAACCUCU